GGCGCCAGGGUCCUCGGCGCCUGCGCCCGCUCGUAUAAAGGCAGACGCCGCGCCGCUUCGCAGUGUUGGCCUUGUUCUCCGCUUUUCUGUGUUUCUUUUUGCAGACGCAGCCCUGCUCUCAUCAGCUUCUGGCCAGCCAUCUCCUUGAAUCCUAACACCAUGCCUUCAAUUAAGUUGCAGAGUUCUGAUGGAGAGAUAUUUGAAGUUGAUGUGGAAAUUGCGAAACAAUCUGUGACUAUUAAGACCAUGUUGGAAGAUUUGGGAAUGGAUGAUGAAGGAGAUGAUGAUCCAGUCCCCUUGCCAAAUGUUAAUGCAGCAAUAUUAAAAAAGGUCAUUCAGUGGUGCACCCACCACAAGGAUGAUCCUCCUCCUCCUGAGGAUGAUGAGAACAAAGAAAAGCGGACAGAUGACAUCCCUGUGUGGGAUCAAGAGUUCCUGAAAGUUGACCAAGGAACACUUUUUGAGCUUAUACUGGCAGCAAACUACUUAGACAUCAAAGGUUUGCUUGAUGUUACUUGCAAGACUGUUGCCAAUAUGAUCAAGGGGAAAACUCCUGAGGAGAUUCGAAAGACAUUCAAUAUCAAAAAUGAUUUUACUGAAGAAGAGGAAGCCCAGGUACGCAAAGAGAACCAGUGGUGUGAGGAGAAGUGAAAUUUUGUGUCUGAUGCUGUAACACUGUAAGGAUUGUUCCAAAUACUAGUUGCACUGCUUUGUUUAUAAUUGUUAAUAUUAGAAAAACAGUCCACAAAUGCAGCAGCAAAUCAGUUGUAUUAGCAGAAUGUUGUCGUCAUUGCAUGUGUAGUUUCAGUACAGAUUCCAAACUUAUGGCUCAGUUUCUUCUAGUAUGAUCAAAAGUUCUUUUUUCUUUGCUCUGAAUAAAACUGAACUGUGGGUUCUCUAUAGAAAGAGGCAUUUUGGGCUUUCCCUCUUUUUGUAAAGCAAUAUAUGCCUAGUUUAUUGUCCAGUUAACUUUAGUUUAGUGACUUUUAAAAGUUGGCAUUGUAAAUAAAACAACUUGCAAAAAAAUUUUCUGAAAUAGAAUUAAGAACGUAUUAUCUUUAUUCAUGAUUUGGAAACUGGAAAAAGGCUAAUUGAGGUAAAUGUUAUCAGAGUGGGGUUAUCAGAAUGUCUUCCAGCUUCCUGGAGUCCACUGGUAUUGAUUAGCCUGUAUGUAGCAGGGCUCCCUUAAUUGGAUCUGAGGACUUGUUUUUUCAUUUUUAAUCCUCUCAGCUUUGAAUAUGUUGGCUAGAGGCUCAUUUACUACUCAGUUUGUGGUUUGGGAGGAAACAGAAUUAGACAGUUUGCUGGCUUUUCUAUUAAAAGAGACACUUAACCCAUGUGGUGUGUCAUCUUUUUAUAAUCAGUAAUCCUAUGUGGGGAAAACCAUAAACACUACUUGCAUGUAAAAAAUAAUUUAACCUUUAAUGUUAAAAUGUAUGGCGUUACCCAGAAAGCAUCAGUCACGAAUGCAAGAUACUUUCAAUAAAAAGUAAGUUACAUA